AUGGCGCAAACGCAAACUCCGACAACAGACCUCCUCCUCAACCUCGCAGCCGAGCACCCAGACCGAGUCCUACAACAACUCCAGUCCCACCCUCACUUAGCCUCGAAACAGGACGCACACGGCUACAGUCUAGUCCACGCAGCGGCUUCGUACGGACACUCUGACCUUCUGAGAGCUUUGAUUCGAACUUACAAUGUGGAUCCAAAUAUCAAAGACGAAGAUGGCGAAACGGCCCUUUUCAACGUCGAGGAAGUGAAGUUGGCGAGGGAAUUAAUUGAACUCGGCACAGACCCCAGUGCCAGGAACGAUGAGGGCCAGAUCGCGGCCGAGAAGUUGGAUGAUGAGGAUGAGCAGCCUGAUGUUGCUGCUUACCUCAGAUCACUCACUGUUGGUCCUCUCGUUGCUGAUCUUUCCGAGGCUGCUACGAAUGGUGCUGGCGUGCAUCCACCCCCUCCAGUACCGCAGGGGAUGCAAGUUAAUGUGGGGACUAUGGCGGCUGAUGAGGCUGGAGAAGCGCCGGAUCCGGAGUUCAGGAGGAGGAUUGAGGAACUUGCGGCGAGGGAGGAUUUUCAGGAUGAGGCGGGGCAGGCGGAGUUGAGGAGAUUGGUGGAGGAGGCGGUUUCGGGGGUGAGGGGAGGGGAGGAGGGGCAGGGGAACGGGUUGCCGCCGAGUUCGAGGCGGAGGGUCGACUGA